AUGCCUAAGUUUGAUGACGGUAAGGAUGACAUAGACGAUUACUUACGCAGAUUCGAGAAACUAGCCUGUUUACAGGGAUGGGAUUCGCAUAAUUUUUAUGUCUAUUUAGGUUCUCUGUUGGGGGGCAAAGCCUUAAAGAUAUACGUAAGUCUGCCGGAUGACGUUCUAGUAAAUUACGAACUGUUAAAAGACGCGUUACUGAAAGGGUAUAAUGUUGAUGUUGAUGUUGAUUCCUACCGUAAGAAGUUUAAGGAGAGUAAGGUUGGUGAAAACGAGACGUACGUGCAAUUAAUGUCUCGACUGAUUAGAUAUUUGGAUAACUGGCUAACAAUGAGUGAUGUCACAAAGAACUACGAGGAGCUGUUUGACUUCUUGAUUCGCGACCAGAUGUUAAACAAUUGUCCUUUUGAACUUCGCGUUUUUCUUAAGGAACGAGUCUUUGGAACUACUCUUGACAUGGCGCAAGCAGCCGACAGAUUUCGUAGUGCACACAAGUCUUUCAAAACCCUAUCACGUGUGAGGGAAUGUUGUAAUAAACCCGUGCAUGUGCUCUUUGAUUCUGGCUGUUCGUCCAUCAUCGUUAAAGAAUCGCUGAUCCCCGCCACGGCGAGGCGAGGGAAAAUGGUCACUCUGUACGACUACCUCGGAGUGGGCCGAACUUUUCCAACUGUGCGCUGUCUUAUAAAGAGCGAAUUUUUGAGUGGGUGGUUCAACGUUGUUGCUGCUCCUAUUAAGUUCACCGAUGUUCUCGUGGGUAUGGUGCCAGGUGUCAAAGUACCAUCCGUGAAUAACCCUAAACGUAAUAUAUCGGUAAACUCGUCUAACCGCACAGAUGUUGUUAAUGCAGUUGCCACGAGAUCCGCUAAAGUAAAGGAAGACGCCGAACCAGCAGAACUGACAGUUUCUGAUUUUCAGAUUGAUAAGAUUUCCAAAGAUGAUUUUAUGAAUGCUCAGAAUAAAUGUUCUUCUCUCGAAAAUAUAAGAGCUAAAGUCAACAAUAAAUCUAUAGUAAAUGUAAAGAAUCGUUCAGUAAAAUACGAAAUAGUGAAAGGCUUAAUUCACCGAGUGUGCGUUAAUAGCAAGCAUGCCUAUGAAGUUGGUGUUAAACAGUUGGUAGUACCUCGGAAAUUUGUAAAUGUGAUUCUUUCAACCGCUCAUGAUUCUCCUGUUGCAGGUCAUUUUUCCCACAGGAAAACAGCGGAUAAGAUUUUUCAUAAUUUUUUUUGGCCAGGCGCGGGAGCGGAGAUAAAACGCUACUGCCGUUCAUGUCACGUGUGUCAGAAGACGAGUCCUAAAGGUAAAAUAGGCAAGGCUCCCAUGGUUCAGAUGCCGAUUAUAAGCGAGCCCUUUGCCAGGGUAGCAAUCGAUCUUGUGGGGCCGAUAACACCUGCGUCUAGCAGAGGCCACAAGUACAUACUGACGCUCAUUGACAUGGCCACUAGAUUCCCUGAAGCAGUUCCCUUACGGAAUAUAGAUACAGUCACUGUAAGCAGAGGCUUUGCUAACCCAUACCAUGCCUGCUGCAACGGCACUGUAGAGCGAUUUCACGCAGUGUUAAAGUCCAUGCUUAAGAAACUCUGCGGAGAACGACCCCAAGAUUGGGAUCGCUACAUUCCGUCUGUCCUGUUCGCGUACCGCGAGGUUCCUAACGAUACUCUGAAAUUCAGCCCAUUUGAGUUGUUAUACGGUCGCAAAGUGCGUGGUCCACUGUCUAUUCUUCAUGAUCUAUGGACCAGAGAUGACAUUAAUGAGGAGACUAAGAGCACUUAUCAGUACGUGCUUGACCUACGAUCCCGCUUAGAGGAAUCAGCCCAAAUGGCCUCCUCCCAUGCUGACGUUUCUGGCAAGAUGUAUAAAGCCUAUUUUGACAGAACUGCUAAAGUACGCAAACUAAACGAAGGCGACGAAGCACUUGUCUUGUUACCAACAUCUCACAAGUUAACUAUGCAGUGGAAGGGACCUUAUUCGGUAGUGAAGAAACACGAUAACGGCGUAGAUUACGAGGUAAAGGUUAAUUCGAAGAAGAGAUUGUAUCACAUAAACAUGCUAAAGAAAUAUGUGAGGCGUGAUGAGGUUUCUUCUUCGCAAGUAUGUCAGAUGUGCGUCGUGGAUGAUCUUCCAUCAUCCCAGGAUGACGAGAAUUUUGCUUGCGAUAUCCCGGAGUUGUACGAGGCUAGUGAAUACAAAGUAAAUCUUAAUCCUGAACUGUCGAGUGAGCAGACAGCAGAGUUAAACAGCUAA